CUGGGUGAGAAGAGGGGCUGUGUUUGCUUUUCCUCCUAACAUCAGUGGGUUAAAAACCAGGUCCUUCUCUGCUUCUGAUGUCUUUGACUAGUGAGGUUUUUUUAAUCUACUUAUUUUUUUCCCUUUGUUUCUUAUGAUUGUCAAGAUCAGCAGUUUAUACACUUACUUCCUUUGCCCAGAGCCUUCUCUUUCUACAUUUUCAUUAUCCAGUUUCCCCAAGGACACAAAGAAUUCCCAUCCUGAAUUAAUGACCUUUAACUGCUGAAAAUAUUCCCUCUGUGACAGAUCAACCUGGGAAGGCACCCAUGUCCAAUACCCAUCUUGGGAUGGGCCAGAAACUUGGCUGUUGGUGAAGAAGGGACAUGGAGGUUUUAGAUUUAUGUGGCUGCAGCAUCAGUUCUAUAGAUCAGGGGGACCAUUGACCUUCAGGGACGUGUCAGUAGAUUUCUCUCAGGAGGAGUGGGAAUGUCUGGACCCAGGUCAGCGGAAAUUGUACGUGGAUGUGAUGUUGGAGAACUACAGGACCCUGGUCUCCCUGGGUGCUUUUGUCUCUAAGCCAGUUCUGGUCAACUUUUUGGAGCAAAUGGAGUGCUGGAUUGUGAACAAGGAAAAGACAGUAUCUGCCCCCCCAGCUGUGCCAUCAGACUACCAGGCCUUGUUGAGAAAGCCAGGGAUGGAAGAUUUGUUCUCUACAGUAAUACUGAGUACAUGUAAUGAAGAUAGAAGUUGCCAAGGUAAUGAACAUUGGAAAAAUUUUGACCAUGGGUUUAAUCCUUACAAACAUGAAAAUCUUCAGCUUCCAGAAAACCAUUGUAAAGGCCAGAAACUCUUUGAGAAAAUGUCAAGUUACAGUACACAAGAGGUUAUUCCUACUAUGGAGAAAACAAACAAACAAGGUGAAUGUGUCCAGUGUUUGAAGCAAUUCUUCAAUCACAGUAAAGAAGGGAAUAUUGGUACCAGUGAAGUCACUUACAAAUGUGUACCAUGUAGCAAAGUCUUCAGUCAUAUACUCAAUCAAAAUAGACUUAAGAAAUGCCAGACGGGAGAAAAGCAUUCUGAAUAUAAAGAAUGUGGAGAAACAUUCAGUCGAACUUCAGGUCUUUCUGUACAUCAGAAAAUUCAUACAGGAAAGAAGUUCUCCAAAUGUAAAACAUGUGGUGAAGCCUUUAAAAGGCAUUCAUGCUGUACUCCACAUGAGAAAAGAAUUCAUACUGGGGAGAAAUGUUACCACUGCAGAGAAUGUGGUAAAGCUUUUAGGAAGUUGUCAUACCUUACACGGCAUGAGAAAAUUCAUACAGGAGAAAGGCCCUAUAAAUGUAGAGACUGUGGUAAAGCCUUUACCCAGUCCUCAGGGCUUAUUCAACAUCAGAAAAUUCAUACUGGGGAAAAGCCUUAUAAAUGUGGAGAAUGUGGUAAAGUUUUUAGCAAGGUGUCAUACCUUACACGGCAUGAGAAAAUUCAUACAGGAGAAAGGCCAUAUAAAUGUAGAGAAUGUGAUAAAGGCUUUAUUUGGUUGUCAGACCUUACACGACAUGAGAGCAUUCAUACUGGUGAGAAGCUUUAUCAAUGCAGAGUGUGUGGUAAAGCUUUUAACCAAUCCUCAAAACUUAAGUGUCAUCACAGAAUUCAUACUGGAGAGAAACCAUAUAAAUGUAAAGAAUGCAAUAAAUCCUUUCGCCACUCCUCAGCCCUUAUUUACCAUCAGAAAAUUCAUACUGGAGAGAAGCCUUAUAAAUGUAGCGAAUGUGGUAAAGCAUUUACGGAGUCCUCAGUUCUCACUAAACAUCAGAGAAUUCAUACUGGGGAGAAGCCUUAUAAAUGUAGGGAAUGUGGUAAAGACUUUUCCUGGUGCUCAUCACUUUAUCUACAUCAGAGAAUUCAUUCAGGAGAGAAGCCUUAUAAAUGUGGAGAAUGUGGUAAACACUUUGCCCGGUCCUCAAAACUUAAUCAACAUCAGAGAAUUCAUUCAGGGGAGAAGCCUUAUAAAUGUACAGAAUGUGGUAAAGACUUUGCCCGGACCUCAAAACUUAAUCAACAUCAGAGAAUUCAUUCGGGGGAGAAGCCUUAUAAAUGUACAGAAUGUGGUAAAGCCUUUACAGAGUCCUCAAUCCUUAAUAAACAUCAGAGAAUUCAUACUGGGGAGAAGCCUUAUAAGUGUAGAGAAUGUGGUAAAGACUUUGCCUGGUACUCAUCACUUUAUCUACAUCAAAGAAUUCAUUCGGGAGAGAAGCCUUAUAAGUGUACAGAAUGUGGUAAAGGCUUUUCCCAGUCCUCAAAACUUAAUCAACACCAGAGAAUUCAUGUUGGAGAGAAGCCUUAUAAAUGUGGAGAACCUGCUAAACCCUUUACGUGUUCCUCAUCUCUUAAUGAGCACCACAGAAUUCAUACUGGAGAACCUCAUAAAUGCAGAGAAUGUAAUAAAACAUUUGGGUGUUCCUCAACCCUUAUUCAACAUCAAAGAAGUCAUCCUGAAAGAAAGCCUAUCAUACGUACAGAAUGUGGUAAAUCCUUUAGCAAAUCCUUAAAUCUUAUUCAACAUCAGAAAAUUCAUACUGGAGAGAAGCCUUAUAAAUAUAGAGAAUGUAAUAAAGCUUUUAGCCCAUCCUCAAAACUUAAUUGGCAUCAGAGAUCUAAAAUGGGAGAGAAGACUUGAAAAUGCAGUGAAUGUAGCAAAGCCUUUAGUAAAGUUCCUGAAAUCUUAAUCAACAUCAGUGAAUUUAUAGUGGAGAGAAGCCUUCUAAAGGUAGAAAUGUGACAAGGGGCUUAGCCAGUCCUCUCACCUUUCUGAACAUCAGAAUAUUCAUAUUGGAAAUAUUGUAUAUUAUGUGGUAAAGCCAUUAGGCUGUCCUCUUACCUUACUAACAUGACAGAUUUCAUGGAGGAUAAGAACUACAAGUGUAGGAAAUGUGUCAAAGCUUUUCACCUGUGCUCAGUACUUCCUCAACAUUGGAGAAUUGAUGCUACAGAGAAA